GAAGAAAGCAAAAGAAAGCAACAAAGCCAAACGCCCUCUCUCUCUCUCUCUCUCUCAUAACUUUCAACGCAACCAACAAUGUUGGGUGGUCUCCAGAGUCAUGAACUCCUCCCCUUCUUCUCAUUCUCUUCUCCUCCGUCUCCGUCCAGAAUUCCCGCCUCUCCGCCUCCCUCUUCCCUCUAGCUCCUCCACCCUCACUCCCCCAGGCAGGAUCAAAAUAAAAGUCCAGCCCAGGGACUUAUGCCUAAUGUUAACCCUAGAGGGAUUCAAUGGUGUGCGGCUGUGCGCCAUUCGGGCACUUGUUAUUGUUGUGAAAUCUGACCAAGUACCUUACAAGUUUUGUAUCGUGAAGGCAUGCACCAUUUCUCUCAUUCUAAUUAUCUGCCGCUUUAUCAAUGCAGGAUAUACUCAUAAGUUGUACUGUAAUUUCUCUUCCUGGAAAUGAGGACUUAAGAUGAAUAUAUGACCUUUCAGGAGUACAUGAAGUGAAUGCGAGAUAGAUUGGAUAACGUCACAGAUCAAAAUUUGCGUCUAGAAAAAUCUGUGGAGGUACUGGUAAUUAUACAUCGAGAUAUAUGGAGUCGGCAAGAUGUUGGUUCGGCAGAUUGAGGUCAAAAGACAAAGCAAGACCUUCAAAAAAGAAAGAAGCCUCAAGCAAUGGAAAAGAGGGGACUAGAGCACCAAGUAGUGAAGAAUUGCCGUCAAAUGUAACCAAACAAAGGGUAGCAGCUGCAAAGCAGUAUAUUGAAAAUCAUUAUAAGAAGCAGAUGAAAGACCUGCAAGAAAGAAGAGAGCGACGAGAUAUGCUUGAGAAGAAAUUGGCUGAUGCGGAGGUCACUGAGGAAGAGCAAAGCAACUUAAUAAAAUAUUUAGAGAAAAAGGAAACAGAGUUCAUGCGGAUUCUUAGACAUAAAAUGGGAGCUGAUGAUUUUGAGCCAUUGACAAUGAUAGGCAAGGGUGCAUUUGGGGAGGUUAGAAUCUGUAAAGAGAAGUCAACAGGACAUGUAUAUGCAAUGAAGAAGCUUAAGAAAUCAGAGAUGUUGCGCAGAGGCCAGGUUGAACAUGUAAAAGCAGAAAGGAAUUUGCUUGCAGAGGUUGAUAGCAAUUGCAUUGUCAAACUAUAUUGCUCAUUCCAAGAUGAAGAGUAUCUGUAUCUUAUAAUGGAAUAUUUACCUGGUGGGGAUAUGAUGACAUUGCUUAUGCGGAAGGACACCCUAACUGAAGAUGAGGCUAGGUUUUAUGUUGGGGAAACUGUCCUGGCUAUUGAAUCUAUCCAUAAGCAUAACUACGUCCAUAGAGAUAUCAAGCCUGACAAUUUGCUACUAGACAAGCAUGGUCACAUGAAGCUCUCUGAUUUUGGACUAUGUAAACCACUAGAUUGCACUAACCUCCAAGAAAAAGAUUUUACAGCAUCAAAUAAGCUUAGUGGGGUUCUUCAGAGUGAUGGACGACCUGCUGUACCAAGACGCACACAACAGGAGCAAUUGCAGCACUGGCAGAGGAACAGGAGGAUGCUUGCUUAUUCAACAGUUGGAACACCGGACUACAUUGCCCCUGAGGUUUUGCUGAAGAAAGGAUAUGGAAUGGAAUGCGACUGGUGGUCUCUCGGUGCUAUCAUGUAUGAGAUGCUUGUGGGAUACCCACCGUUCUAUUCCGAUGAGCCAAUGUCAACUUGUCGGAAGAUCGUUAAUUGGAAGACUCAUUUAAAAUUUCCGGAAGAAGCAAGGCUAUCUCCCGAGGCUAAGGAUCUGAUCUGUAGACUGUUAUGCAACGUAGAACUGAGGCUUGGUACUAAGGGUGCGCACGAAAUAAAGGCACACCCUUGGUUUGAAGGCGUUGAAUGGGAGAAAUUGUAUCAGAUGAAAGCUGCAUUUAUUCCCGAGGUCAACGAUGAGUUGGACACUCAAAAUUUUGAGAAGUUUGAUGAGGAUGACAGCCAAAUGCAUACUCCAAACAAAUCUGGACCGUGGAGAAAGAUGCUAUCAUCCAAGGAUAUAAAUUUCGUGGGUUACACAUACAAGAACUUCGAAAUCGUGAAUGACCAUCAAUUGCCUGGGAUAGCUGAACUGAAGAAAAAGAGCACAAAGUCGAAGAGACCCUCGAUCAAGUCCCUUUUCGAGGACGAGGCAGCAGAGGACGACGCCAUUCAAGAACAGCCAGUGCAUGGCGGCGGCAGCUUCCUAGGACUUCUGCCUCCUAAACAUGACCAUUAUGGACAACCGAGUAGAUCGAAAUGACUUCUUCCGACUCGUUUGGCAACAGAGGUGUAUUAAUUUCUGACUGGAUGUGUUGACGUGUGUUACACCACUUGAGCUGAAAGCACCAGGAAGAAGGAAGAUCAAAACCAGCUGAAAUAGUGAGAGAAUAGGUAGCUAGCUAGCUGCCUUUGGUUCGCCAUUUUGUGGAUUGGUUUUUCUACUGGAAACACCAAACCAGCGUGUUGGGGGGAGCAGAAGUGACAGUUUUUGAAGUUCUUUUAUCUGAGAGCUUGUUGGGUGACGAGCUGGAUUGGUGGCGGCGGUGGAUUGCGUUAAUGUAAAAUGCUAAGAGUUUUUGAGUAUAUAUUCUUUCAGACAUCGUUGUUGUAUUCAAUUGCCUCUCUGUCAAUCAAGCUGUGAUAUAAUAUAUAAAAUUAUAUAUAUCCAUAUCGUUUGACCACCUCUUUGUUUUACUACCUCAAAGAUAAGACAUAAUAAUAGGACAAUUCUUCCAUGUAGCAAUUUGAAGAAAAGUACCUUGGAAAUAAAAGUAGUGGAGAAAGAUGUCCAGCCUAGUUGGUGGGGGUGUAUUGGCAUUUGGC